AUGGAGCGUAGUGAAAGCAGUGCUAAGGAUGCGAAGAGCAACUCUGAUGAAGGUGAUAGCAGAGACAUAGUUCAACAGAAAAGUCAAGAGGAAGUUCUCUUUCAUGAGGAAACCAUUGAUCUUGGUGGAGAUGAAUUUGAGUCUGAAGGGAAUGAAACUGUAUCAGAGGAUUCAAAUAAUUUUGUAGAUAAACUUAAUGAGCAAAUGAUGGAGAGUGUCAUUAUUUCCGAUUCUCCAAACAACAGUGAAGACGACACAGGCGAACUUGGUUGUCUCCAGGAGAUUGUUGAACAAAUGGAAGCUAAAGAUAGUCAAAAAAAACAAGAGGCAGAAGUGGAUAAAGAGGAAUUUUUAAGUAAUGAGAGUGAAACUGAACACGAGGAAACACCCAAAGACAUUUCUGAGAUUGGAACAGAUGAUCAGGUAUCUUUAAAGGAAGAAUCAAUUCAGGAAGCAGUGAAGGAGGAAUCAAAAUUGGGAAACAACAUUCCUGUUGAAACAAAACCAAAUAAUACUGAUGAAAGCAAAUCUGACAGCCAGAUAUUGUCACCCAAUAAUAGCAAACCAUCUUCUGAGGCUGAGCCUAUUCCUGUGUGUACCAUCUUCAGCCAAGCAAACAAUGUUAAUCCCCAGCCACAGUUAUUCCUGCCUGACGGUUUUGAGCCUCAAAUGGUAAAAUCUCCCAGUUUUAGUAGUAUAAUUGAGACUCCAGUGAAGUCUAAUCCACAGGUGGUUCAGCCAAGUCCUAGUCUAAGCAAGUUCUUUGGCGAUACCGUUAACACUAAUACUUUAGCUUCUGAUUUUUUUGAUUCAUUUACCACAUCCAAUUUUAUUUCUGUUAGUAAUCCCAAUGCAAACUCUUCAGUUCCAGAACAAAUGUCCUCUCUUUCUAAUGGUGGAGACAGUUCUUGUGCUUCCUCUAACCUCGCUUUGUCUGUGCAAAAUGAGAGACCUGAAGCAGGUGGUCCUCCAUCAUCCCUAGAAAUCGCUCAGUCUCCCAAGCCGUUCUCACAAAUCCAAGCUGUUUUUGCUGGGAGCAGUGACCCAUUUGCCACAGCCUUAAAUAUGAGUGAACUAGACAGAAGAAAUGAUGCUUGGCUUCCUAGUGAGGAAACCAGAAAUGUGCUAAUUUCAGUUGCCACACAACAGUACAGCACCGUGUUCAUAGGUAAAGAGAAUCUCACCAUGCCUGGAUUAAAAUUUGAUAAUAUCCAGGGAGAUGCAGUAAAAGACUUAAUGCUUCGCUUCUUGGGGGAGCAGGCUGCAGUGAAGAGACAAGUUUUAAACACCAACUCUGUAGAACAGUCAUUUGUAGGCUUGAAACAGCUAAUUAGCAGUAAAAACUGGAGGGCAGCAGUCGACUUGUGUGGGCGGCUUCUAACUGCACAUGGUCAAGGCUACAAAAAAAGUGGCUUACCGACUAACCAUACAACAGAUUCUUUACAACUGUGGUUUGUGAGACUGGCGCUGCUAGUGAAACUCAACCUAUUCCAAAAUGCAGAAAUGGAAUUCGAACCAUUUGGAAAUUUAGACCAGCCUGAUCUUUAUUACGAAUAUUACCCUCAUGUAUACCCCGGACGAAAAGGUUCCAUGGUUCCUUUCUCCAUGCGGAUUUUACAUGCUGAACUUCCUCAGUACCUAGGUAAUCCUCAGGAAUCGCUUGACAGACUGCAUAGUAUGAAGAUAAUCUGCACCAAGGUACCAGCCUCUCUAUGCAUUAACAUUUCUUAA